AUGACGCCUGCCUUCGUUGUAACGUAUUCGUCUUUCUCACUCCGCCGCUAACGACAUCUGCAUAGACCUAUCCUCAAGAUUUGACAAAUUUGUUCGCCGCCCAUUUCCCUCAACUGCGGUAUCUGUGGAUGACCCGGCCGCAACAGCUGUAGACACUUCGAAAUCAUUCUUGAAACCCUGACGCUCAGUUUAUCUUCCAGCCUUUAACGUUCGCAUUCUGAAACAAGCUGGAUAAGAGAAUGAGCUUUCAUGCACACUGAUCCCGUUUUCUUUUGAUGUAGGCUUUCUCUGAAACUAGAGUUCAAGACCCAACUACGUCUUUUGAACUUAUCCUACUGUCAGUUUCUACUCACUUCUAGUUGCAUAUUCAGCCAUUGCUACUCGUUCUGCUGGGUUGUGCAUUGUUCUAAGCCACCGGGCUGAAGGGUCUCCGUGUGAUUAGUUGCUGUUGACAGUCGCUUCAUUUGGCAACGUGUGUGAGAGUAUCCCAUAAAUGCACCUAUAAUCGCUGCCCGUUCAUCGCAUCUGCUUGCACCACAGCAUACUCUGAUACUCUCAAAGUCAGACGCUACAACUUUGAGCGCCUUAGUGCGGCAGGCUAAUAGCUCAGUUAUUGUUGUGGUUGCCCGGGGUGUCGUUAUUUAUCUGUGAGGCCUUUUAUGUGUAUAGUUGCCAUUGUUCCUGAAGGAAGCACGGCAGCUAGGCACUGAAAGGGUGUUACAGCUGAACGAUAUGCCCAAGUCUAGGCAAGAACAGUCGAGAUGAUGGGGACCUUGCGGUCAGUAAGUUCGCACCUCAACCGCUGAGACAUCUUGGCCGGGGAAAUGAAUGUGGAGGCUCAGUUAGGCGGUCGUUUUGUGUUGGGAUCGAGACACACGGACAAAGGCGGACGCCCGCUGCACUUGUACUGACCGCAGGUAAUUUAUUUGCAGUACUAACUUCCAAAACAACCGAAGCCAGAUAUCUCUGUCCCCCCUCAGUUUUGUCCAUCGGUGGCAUAUUCAAGCAAACAUUGACCCUGGCAACUGGAGUACAGCUUCUUCCUGGUUGCAGGGUAUCCAGCAUGGUUACGCGGGAGAUGUAGCCUUGUUGGGAGAUGCUCUUUGGGCGGUGCAAUUGAUUCCUGAGUUAAGUAUCUGCCCAGGCACUUUUCACCUCUACGUUCACCGUCCACAUGUUAAAUACUUCUACAAACACCACGGUCACCCUGUCAUUGAUUUUUGCCGGUGAACAAUUACAGUCCGUGUUCUGCCUUACUUAUAUCUCGAGGCAAAUAUAGUCCACGGAGGAUAGUGGAUAGGAAGGGAACCUGUAUCUCAGGCUGGACGCUUUUUCCUCAACUUCUGAAGUUUUCGAUAAACGCACCUGGUCAGUCCCUUCUUCAACUGUCGGGCGCACUGUGCAUCAGUCAAGACAGCUCAUGUAGUUUGGAACUUAGACUGUGUAGUUCAUCGACGUACUAAUACGGCAUGUGGGCCAAUCUUUCUUUUGUUGGAUUAUAUUUCACUACAAGUGGUAUCGCUUGACCAGUAUACCAGCGUUUAUUCACCAAGGAAUUUAUGUUGAACACCCACCGUGGAUAAUUUUCUCCAUGUUAUGAUCCUUAUCCUAAAUCUGAGAAAGAUCAGACAGGUUGAACGGAAAUACGUCAGAGAAUGCCAAGAAACAGGAGAUCGAGUUUAGGUUGACGACUAGGUCGCAAAGUGCCGGUUUCAGUUUUUGAGAUUUCGCGCGAAAAGGAAUUUAGGUGAUGCUCCUACCUAUUAUACAUUGUAGACAGGAUAAAAUCGAAAGAAUAGUGUUCAAUAUAAACAUAACAGGUUUCUUCGAAGCCCAAUUAUUCGACCUAGGGACCAUUCAGCUGCCACUUCAUCGACCCCUUCAGAAUAAGGCCACUUCCUAGAGAAAUCCAUUUUGCUCACGUCUCACAGUUGGUUCCUAUUGGGGGACACUAUACCUAAAACAUAAAUGGACAUAAAUGGUACAGACGUGGCUCCAGAUCCUGUACUCAAAAAAGUACUGUCAGCACUGCUGCGAUGGGAAUCCAUGCAAGUUGUUUCUAAAACUGGUCUCAAUUCGGAUUACCUGACAAGGUUUUUCGCACACCACCAGGCGUCGAAGUAACAUUUGAACAUUUAUCAGCGCAACUACUAGCUUUUAUUGUGUCUUACGGUCUGUGCAAGACAUUCUUUCUGAUCUAUCUAUUCGACUUUUGAAGGUUACUAUCGCUUUCUGAUUUGACCACUCUCUGGACGCCGUGGAAAACAUUACAAAGCUUGCUCACUUGGACGGGGUUUAAGGAUCAGUUUAACCGUUGAAUUGUUCGGCUAAUGGGAGCUCGAUCGGUGGAAUUUUCGGAGACACCAACUUCUGAUGGUGAGGCCAGAGACACUGAAACUUACGGGAUGGCGACCCUUCGUGUAUGGCGGCGCUGCUGCGAUCUUUGCUGAAACCUGUAUGUUGUGCACAAUUAUCCAUUUUCUAUCACCCAGGUACCUUUCCGAUCGACACUUCGAAGACUAGAUUGCAGAUUCAAGGAGAAAUGAUCAGUGGCUCGGCCGCGAAAUUCGUUGGUGGUCCAUACCGAGGCAUGUUGCACUGUAUAAUUACGGUGGGACAGAUUGAAGGUGUGCGCUCUCUUUAUCAAGGGUGAGUUCAAAUAAGGUUGGGUUCCAUUUUGCUUAGUCUGACUGCUGCCGUUCUCCGUCAAAUGAUAUACGGAACAAUUAAAUUUGGAUUGUACAAUAAUAUGAAGCGGAUGUUCGUUGCAAACCCCUUGGGUACACUCUGUUUUGAUCAUACGAAUUACAGAUGAAUCUCUGUUCGUAAAUAUAUGUCUAGCCAUGUUCAGUGGUGGACUUUCAAACGCUAUUGCUAAUCCGGCUGACAUGCUCAAGAUUCGCAUGCAAGCACACACCGCCAAUGCAUCUGGUUCGCCUUCUCUGAUCAAGCUGGGUGUGAAAGCGAUUCGAGAGGAAGGAGCACGGUCUCUUUAUAAGGGUGUCAAUCCAACCGCGCUUCGGGCCGCCGUAGUUUGUGGAGUCGAAUUGCCAGCCUAUGAUUUUGUCAAAAAGUGGCUCAUACUGUUGGAUCUCAUGAGUGAUACAAAAGCUUGCCAUUUUGUUUCCAGUUUCAUGGCCGGUCUUUUAGGUGCUCUAAUCAGCAACCCGGUGGAUGUUAUUCGUACACGUCUACUAAAUCAGCGCCGGACUAUUGCUAGUCGCGUUGUUCAGUCCAACCUCAGUGGGCAGCCGAAGAUAUAUAAAAAUGCAUUCGAUUGCUUUUUUCAGACCGUGAGAUACGAAGGCACCAUGGCCCUCUGGAAGGGCUUUGUUCCAAAUUGGAUGCGACUUGGACCUUGGAACAUUAUUUUCUUUAUGAGUUUUGAGCAACUUGGGCGCCUUCCAUUUUGAAUGUGUAUGAAUUUCCAGUCCACUGAAUUUUCCAUGUUUCAAGGUUUACUCUAGUUUAGUUCCGAUUGUUUUUGGUAAUUUCGUGAUAUUUCUCCCGUUUUUAUUCCACUGAAGAUGUAUUUUUUAAUCGAAUAAUGCUUGAGUGCGUCACUAGGUUGAAAAAACUAAAGGAGCCAUAUUAAAAAUAAAUGGAUUAUGUACAGAGUGCAUGGUUAACUUUUUGAGCCCCAUUUUGAUCGGUUUUCCAGCUAAUUUCUUGUAAGAUUUUUUUUAUGACGAUGACGGUGAAAAGAAUAAGGUAAGAAGGAGUUUUUAUUACUUAGCGUUUCGAUCAUUGUGAAUAAUCUCCUCUCUUUCGUUAUUCCGAUUAUUUUUCUCCUUACGAAUGUUACCCGCGGUAAUCGG